UAGUAAAAAAUAUUAAUAAUUUAUCGUAACGAUGACGGAUCAAAUGAAGUUCAUUGUUAAGGAAAUAAACGAGACAUUAGGAAGGAAUUAUGAUCUCAUUAAGCUUGAUUCACUGGACGAAAAGCAGUUAUUGCAGUUGUUGGUGGACGUACUAGUCAAUAUCAAGGCUGGUGAUAAGCUAGAUGUUCGCGAGGAUGAAACCGAGACAGUAUCGGUGCGGUUAUUGGAGAUGCUCGGUAACGUCAAGUAUCGACCGCCGUCGGGUGUAGAACCUGGCGUCUUCAGGUCGCAGCUCCUCGCCGGAGAUGCAAACACUAUCCAUCAUGUUCUUUAUUGGCUACUGUCUAAUAAGGAGCAAGUGAAGAACACGGCGUACCUCGCAAGAUAUCUGAAGGUUCCUGACAUCCCUGCGGAUGUGGCCAGAAACAACAAUAUUCAGGAUCUAUUGGAGUUGUAUCAAAAUCUAAUAAACGAGUUUAAAGAGGUUCACAAAAGGACACGGUUAUUGAAAAAAGAGAGCGCGACCGAAAUAAUAAACGACAUCAAAGAGAUGGCCGUCGAACGAGAUAUUGUUAUAAAAAGAUUGGAAAAUGUUCAAGUUCACCUCACUGGCAUGGAUAAUAAGGAAAAUCUGUUACACAUUAGCAAACUUUUAAGAUUUCAACAGGAAAGGGCAAAGGAAUUAGACUUACAAUAUAACACGCAACAAAAUCAAUUGAAGACUGCAUCUGAACAACUGAAACGGUAUUUGAACGUGAUUCAUGGACAAAGUGCAGCUCCGAAGACAGCCAAUGACGUUAUCAAACAUUUACAGGAGGAAAUUCAACUAAACAGUUACUUGGUGAAGGAAAAACUCCCGCAAGAAACUGACGCUCUAAGAAAAGAUCUCAACAUAAUGCAAGCUAUUGCCACGGAGCAGCAUCCGACACGGGCUGAUUUAAAUCUUAUCCAGGAUAAGAUUUCAGCAGUGAAUUCUGAAAUAGAGCAACUGGUACAGCAUCGUCUGGCAUCAUCUGGAGUAUCGUAUGAGUGUAUUAAUAUCGGCUGCACUGCCCCAUAACAAUAUACCAUAGGACAUAAUACUAUGAAAAUAAGUAAAGUAUACUAUAUAACAUUGACGCUAUAAGGGGAAUUUUUAACUGUUUUUGUUCAGGUGAAACAAUUGCUUGGCGACAUGGUAUUGAGAGGCGAGGAAUUGAAAAAAUAUGUUAAUUCUUUAAGAACUAAAAGUACUUUGUAUAAGAGGCAAAGAGCUAAUCUCUCAUCUUUUAAGGUGGAGGCAGGCAUUCUUACAAGAACCCUUCAAAUUCUAACAACGUCUGAUCCGACAGUAGAAAUGGCACUACUCAAUUACAAGAAAAUGAUAGUUGACGACGUGGAAAAUAUGGAAAAGGAAAUUGAAAAAUCUGAAGAAAUAAAGAAAAAGUCUCUCCAUGACUUAUCGCAGCUAGUAGCACACACCGCACAAAAACUAUCUCAAGUACGCCAAGAACUUCAGCCGCUUGCCGAUAAAAUCAAACCCGUAAAAGAAGAAUUCCAAAUAAUACAACAGCAGUACGAACAAAAGAAAAGAGUAUACGAGGCCACGUCGAUAAAUGUGUCCUCGCAAAUGGAACCGCUGAAAACCCAAGUCAAAGAGCUCAGCGAUCAGUUGAAUAGCAAAGAGGAGGAGUGGAAAAACUUGAGGCAGAAGAUUACAAAGGCGGAGAGUUUGCAGGAGAUUGUUAUGUUCGAAAUGAAAAAUGCGAUGCAGUCACCGCGGAAACCUUCCAAAAUAGAGACUCUCAAGAAGCGGAUUUUCGAUCUUGAAAAUAUUGUGAAGCGUUUAGAAGAGGAGCAAAGUGCUAUUAGUUCCCGCCAAGGAGCCGUGGAGGAGCAGACUAGAUUGUGGCAAAACACGUUGCAUAUACUGCGAUGUAAACUGAAAGCUCGCAAUGAACCGGCGCCUCGCCAGGGACACCUGCAUAUAACACAGCAUUCGCAAAUGUUGACAUUAACUUAGAUUAUUAA